AUGUCUCGUCUUCAGUACGACCCCGAGUUUUAUAAACUAGGUGCUACCAAGAUUGAAGCGCAGAGACACGUCUUCCCGGUGGGUGACGUGGAAAGUAGAAGAAAGCAAAUCGAGGAUUUCAUCCGUGGCCCAGACGGUCGACAGCCACUACCAGACAACGUCGAAAUGCUGGCCCAUUUGGCUGAGGCCUCAGAUGGAUUCAAAGUGAUAAUCCUGCACUUCCGACAAAAGAGCAGUCUCAGUGAGCAGCCCGGUCCUGGCAUCGUGCACAUUCAUGGGGGAGGAUAUACAGGCUCCAGUGCAAGUGACUAUUCCUCAACACUAGCAGCCUACGUCUCUGCUACGGGAGUCCCCAUGCUUUCAGUUGAAUACCGACUCGCUCCUGAACACCCGUUUCCCGUACCGUUGGAGGACUGUUGGUCUGCUUUACUCCACGUCCAGACAAAUGCCGCUGCGCUCGGCCUUGACCCGCACCGUAUCGCUAUCAUGGGUGAAAGCGCAGGUGGUGGCCUUGCUGCAGGCAUCGCCAUCCUCGCCAGGGACAGACAGUUAUCUCCCCCCCUAGCCAAGCAGAUACUUAUCUAUCCUAUGCUUGAUGAUCGUACUGACAGGGAUCUGACCGGCGGCCUUGCGAUCUUCGGGUACCAAGACGUUUUGACGGGCUGGAUGUCAUAUUUGGGAGACCUUUACAAAACCGACAAAGUACCGCCAGUUGCUGCACCAGCGCGUCUGGAGGUUUUCGAGGGCCUUGCUCCUCUGUACCUGGAUUGUGGUGGACUCGACAUGUUUCUCCGAGAGGAUGUUGCUUAUGCUCAGCGGUUUAUCGAGGCCGGUAUUCCUACUGAGCUUCACAUCUAUCAGGGUGUUCCGCACGCCUUUCAGCGGUUUGCACCUACUUCUUCUGUGGUGAAGAGGGCUUUCACCAACAGACUUGCGGCAUGCACAAGCUUUUGA